CAAAGAAGCAGCCGCCAUGACCCACCCACUGGCCAUGCCCAUGGACGAGCACGCAAUUCCCAUGAACAAUCUCCAGACAGUGCCACCGUCCCCGUCCAACUCCCUCAAUCAUAACCUCUCCAUUGCCUUCUCUCGCAUCUAUGACCAGAUCGAAUCCCUCAAGCAGACCCAAGCUCAAAAUCAUCUUCAGGCGCUUACAGAUCUCGAACGGACCGUCCGCCUUGCAAACGCCGGAGUCGCAGAGCAGGUGCGGCAGGCUGUAAACGAAGGUAUAACGGGGAUGGUCCAGCAGGCUGUCAGACAGGCGGUAAAUGAGAGUAUGGGAAUGAUGGUGCAAAGCGCUGUGAGGCAAGCGAUGCAGGGGAUUAUCUUCUCGAUGAACUAUACGGAUGGGAAUAUACAGGCGCAGGCUCAACCUUUAUCGCAACAACAGCAACAAUCGCAACUCGCCCAUCCCCAAUCUCAACCUCCAAAUGGUGCUCCCAACUCGAACACAAAUAACGUCCACGCAACGCCACAGGGAUGGGGGAUGCCUCCUGCCGUGAACGGGUAUAUGUCAGCGCCAAAUGUUGGAGCUCCUCCCGGCUCGGAUCCAACUUCUUCGUUGCCUAAUACGCUUCACUCGAGCUUGUUCAAUUUUGCACAAGGCUCUGCAUCUACGUCAACUCUUUCUUCUAACCAUACACAUCCCCAUCAGCAGCCUGCACACCAACCAUCACAACCAGCAGCACACGCUCCACCCCCUUCAGAACCUCUAGUCGGUCAUGCUCAGACGAAAUCUCAAGCUUCAACAUCACAAACUCAUCCUUCUCCUGGAUCCUCAAAUUCCUGCUUUACCAUGUCGCGUGAAGUCAAGACGGUCCCUGAUCUUUGGAGGGAAUACACAGUAGGUUUGGAAGGACAGCCUCCUGUCCGAUCAGUGUAUGAAGGGUCGGAAAAGAAACGUAAAAAGGGCAAGCGGUUCAAGGACGAUUCAGAGCGAAAAUUCUAUCGUAGGAGGAAGAGAGUGUUGGAUCUGGUGGAGACUUUGAUAAAGAAAGGGAUACCGGAAGAUCAGGCGGCGAAGAGGGUAGAGAAACUUCGCGAAGACAGAAAGGUGACAUUGAAUAAGUUGGGUGAAAUCAUACCAGAACUGUCGCCAGAACAGCUUGCGAUGAUAUAAAUGUACCAGGAGGAUAUGAGGACGGAAGCUGCAGCAUUUUGCCCACGCAAUUCUAUAUUUGACUGGACUACCGUCAGUUUACCAUACGGUACCACACGAACUUAUCAUUUAUCACAAACUUUUACAAAUAAUGCGUAUGUUUUAUACUUCUUGAUUCUUGUUUGUUGUCUCGUUCUACUAUGAAACUAGCCAAUUAUGUAACAUCUUUUUUUCUUUCUCACAUUCCCCAAACCUGAGGCGUUUCCUCCAUUUCCCAUACCCAUUUACCUCCUCUUACCAAAACGUCAUGUCCUACCUCCACCCCUUCCAUCUCUUGCCCAUCAAUUUUCAAAGACUUUACAUAAACUUUCCCUUGGCUCGCCCCCUUCGCUACCACCUCCCACACCAUUUCCGUCCCAGUAUCAUCCCCGUCAUACCAAGGUGCCUUUGGUAAUCGCAAAGUAAUCUUAUCGAAGAAUGGCGCUCCGAGCACAUACUUCGCACUUGCCGGAUCAACAGGAUAAACGCCUAGCGCAG